UUCGUAAUCCUUGUUCCAACAACCGAAGAUACAAUGGAGUACACCAACUAUAUGUCUAAAAAUGAAUUUGAAAAUGGGGAUAUCGGGCUCUAUAACGACAACCAGUUCGGCUUGACCCAACAAAACGUCUAUAUGCUCGAUGAACCCGUCCAGUUCCCGGGUCAGUAUAUUCCCAAUGCUGACACAUUCAGCGAUAGAUCAUCUCCUUCCACAAACAACAGCAACUUGAUGACAGUAGACCACGCUAUCUUGUCUAACCAUCACGGCCAGAAGUCCGACUUGGAAGCCAGUUCCACUGACGAAAACUCCCAUAAAGUGGUAACCUUGCGUAACGGAAAAGGUAAAAGUAAGAAGCAGUUGGCAGAAGAACAAGAUACUCUUUUGUUAUCACGAGACGACUCAGAGUUGACAGAGGAAGAGUUGCAGUUGAAGAAAAAGGCACAAAAUAGAGCUGCUCAACGAGCUUUCAGAGAGAGGAAAGAGACUCGAUUGAAAGAAUUGGAGCAGAAAUUGAAUAAGAGCGAGGAAGAUAAACAAGCGCUAUUAAACAAGUUGGAGGCCAUUCGCAAGCAGAACCUCGCCAUGAAAUCAGAGAACCUGGAUUUAAAGACCAGUAGGAAUAACGGUACUACUCCCGAAUUGAAACUUGACUUCCCCAAGAACGAGGGGGAUUUCAUCGCUCGUCUUUUGGAAGGUCAAGAACAUGUUUAUCUGUCCUCUGACUCCAAGAAGGUCUACGAUUCCCCUGAAAAUGGUCAAAAGGUUCUUGCGUUCGGAGCAGUAUGGGAUUAUCUCUUGUACAGGGCCGAUGAGGACAACUUGAAUAUCGACGUGAUGGAAGUAAUGAAUAGCUUGAAAGGUAACGAGAAAUGUCAUGGGUAUGGGCCUGCCUACCCGGUGGAGCUAAUAGAUAAAGCCAUUUUGGAGAACAGUUCUCCCAAUGACUUUUGAACGAAUGAAUGAUUCCCAAUUCCGCUUGCUUUCCAGGAGUUUUUGUUUUACUACUGAGUGCUACUUGUGCAAUUUAAUGAACCUGCUCAAGUUGCUUAUACCAGAGGCUAUUGUCCAUAGACUUUUACUAUAAUGUACUUCUAAUAAAAUGAGAUCGAACAAA